AUGGUUGUACCUGGAUGUGCACAGCCCUGCCAGUGGCACAGCACCCUGGCACUGCUGCUACUCAUCGUGGCUCCUGCCACCAGCCUCCCGUGUCAUCACCUGCGGACCCACGAUCUUGCAGAUGCCCUGCGCCUCCUCCAGGACAUGGCUCCCAGCCACACGCAGCCCUGCCACCUCCAAGAGCCGCCCUGCUUCCCCGACACCCUCCUGCACAGGAACCUCCACCCGCACCAAGCCGCCGCCACCGCCCUACGCAUCCUCCAGCACCUCUUCCACACCCUCAGCAGGAGCAGCAGCAGCCAGCACUGGCCCAGCCAGGCUCACAACGACCUCCUCAACAAACUCCAGCACCACAUCCACCACCUCGAGCAGUGCCUCCCCGACAACGCCAACGCCACCACGCUCUUCAAAGGACCACGCAACCCGCUGCUCACCAUCAACAAGUACUUCAGGGACAUCCAGCUCUUCCUCCACGCCCACAACCACAGCGCCUGCGCCUGGGACCACGUCCGCCUCGAAGCUCUUAUCUGCUUCCAACACGUGGACAGACUCAUACGGCAAAUGAAACACCAAACUGUUCUGGACCCCCAGUAA